AUGAGCUCUAGCGAAACCAACGACAAGACAUUUACACGUACAGUGCCAACACCAAGUUUGGAUAGUGAUGCCACUUCCCAUGAAGACCCUCAGGCAUUUACUGUUGCUGAUCGGGCUGGUCCCAUGAGUGCUAUCAGGCGCACGGUCACACAUGAGUCUGCUACAGACCAGGGCCGCGACGAAGUCCUCAGCGAAGUCUACACUCGUACAUCAGGCUUCACUAAUCCUCUGCCUUCGAUGGGCGGCAAGCCAUACCCACCACUUAUUGAGGAUAUAGAUCAGUACAAGGUCGAGUUCGACGGCCCUGACGAUCCUCUGUGUCCUUUGAAUUGGAGCACAAUGUACAAAAUCCGAGCAGGUGGUCUGCUUGUGCUCCCCACAUUUUCUGCCGUAUGGGGCUCCUCUAUCUACGGAGCUGCCACCGUCGAUAUCGAACACAUAUUCCACGUGGGCGUAGCUGUAUCAGUCCUUGGUGUUUCUCUUUAUGUCCUUGGCUUUGCUACGGGUCCUAUUCUGUGGGGUCCUUUAUCUGAGAUUUAUGGUCGAAAGCUCCCUAUUGUUGUUUCUGGAUUUUUCACCACUGCAUUUUCAUUCUGGGCGGCUACAGCCGAUCACUUUUACCAUCUAAUGCUUUACCGGUUUUUUGCCGGUGUCUUCGCUUCAGCUCCUCUGGUUGUUGUCGCAGCUGCUUAUUCUGACAUGUUGCCAACCAAAGCCCGAGGUGCAGCUAUUAGUUUGUUCUCACUAUGUGUUAUGGGUGGCCCCUUUUUGGCUCCUGUUGUGGGUGGAUAUAUUGUCAAUUCAUACCUGGGAUGGAGAUGGGUGUUCUACAUUAGUGGUAUUUUAUCCGGAUUUGUAACUCUUCUCAUGGCUCUGUUCGGUCCUGAGACGUAUCACCCUGUUAUUUUGAUCAGCAAAGCACGCGAGCUCCGCGAGCGAACUGGAAAUCAGAUGAUUUUUGCUUCCCAAGAGCGUAUCUCAAUUGAUCUGAGUGCAAUUGUUAAAAAGGUCUUGGCUCUGCCUAUCAAAAUGUUAUGCAGAGAGCCCGUUCUUCUCCUCAUGUCCCUCUACCACGGGUUUGUCUACGGAAUUCUGUACCUGUUGUUGGAAGCCGUCCCUAUUGUUUUCACAAACUACGGAUUCCACAAAGGUAAUUUGUACCUGCCUUAUCUCUCGCUAUUCGUUGGUGUGGUGGUCUUCACCAUUAUCGACUUCUGUUAUUUUCAAAGGAAGUUCGCACGUGAUCUGGCCAAGAGUGGACGCCACGUACUGCCUGAAUUACGUCUGCCUGGCAUGAUGACCGGUGGAGUCCUAUUCCCUAUCGGCAUUUUCUGGUUCUGUUGGACCGGUGCAUACCACGAGUACUGCCAUUGGAUUGUACCGACCAUUGGUCUUGCCUUUGUCGGUGCGGGACUUAUCGGUAUUUUCUUGCCGAUUUUCAAUUAUUUGAUCGAUACCUAUCUUAUGUUAGCGGCAUCCGCGUUGGCGGCUAAUGCGUUUACUCGAGCGUCAAUGGGUGCGGCCUUUCCUAUCUUUGCCACGGCCAUGUUCCACAAUCUCGGCGUCCAAUGGGCUGGAACGUUACUCGGCUGUCUUGCCGCAAUCCUUGUGCCCAUUCCGGUCAUUUUCUUCCUCUAUGGUCAUGUUAUCCGCAGGCAUUCCUACUAUGCGCCUAAGAUUGAGUAG